AUGGCCCUCUACAACAAAGAUUAUACAGCCUCAAAUGUCAAUAAAGCUGAGCAAAAAGAAGAGAAUAUCCGUUGCUUAACUAUGCUUGGUCAUUUUGGUUUUGAAUGUUUGCCUCAUCAGUUGGUCAAUAAAUCUAUUCAACAAGGAUUCUCUUUUAAUAUUCUCUGUGUGGGGGAGACUGGACUCGGAAAGUCAACACUGAUCGACACAUUGUUUAAUACUAAUUCGAGAGAAAAAAAAUCCUCACAUUUUUGCCCAAAUGUUGAACUUAAAAUUCAGACAUUUCAACUCCAGGAAAGCAACGUUCAGUUGAAAUUAACUGUUGUGACUACAGUGGGAUAUGGUGAUCAAAUGAACAAAGAAGCCAGCUACCAACCAAUAGUUUCCUACAUAGAUGCUCAAUUUGAGGCCUAUUUUCAAGAAGAACUGAAAGUUAAACGUUCCUUUGCUGACUACCAUGACACGCGUGUCCACGUGUGCCUUUACUUCAUUGCACCCACGGGGCAUUCUCUGAAGGCCCUGGAUCUAUUAACCUUGAAGACCAUUGACAGUAAGGUGAACAUUAUACCACUGAUUGCCAAAGCAGAUACAAUUUCUAAAAAUGAUUUACAGACAUUUAAGAGUAAGAUAAUGAAUGAAUUGAUUAGUAAUGGCAUCCAGAUAUACCAGUUCCCAACAGAUGACAAAACUACUGCUCAGAUGAACUCCUCAAUGAAUGUAAGCUUCUAUUUAAUGCUAAUUCUAUUUUACCUGUGGAAAUCAAAUAUAAUUUAUAAGUAACAAUACUAUCCUCAGCUGGUUCUCCAGGUUGAUGUGGAAAACGAAAAUCACUGUGACUUUGUUAAGCUUCGGGAUAUGCUUCUUUGUACAAAUACGGAACACCUGAAAGAAGUAACCCACGCUAAGCACUAUGAAUGCUACAGGCACUGCCGACUGCAGAAGAUGGGCUUCACUGAUGUGGGCCCAGACAACCAGCAGCUGAGUUUUCAAGAGAUCUAUGAAGCCAAAAGAAAGGAGUUCCAUGAACAAUGCCAGAGGGAAGAAGAAGAAUUGAAGCAUAAGUUUAUGCAGCGAGUUAUGGAGAAAGAAAUAGCAUUCAAAGAAGCUGAAAAAGAACUACAGGACAAGUUUGAGCGUCUUAAAAGAAUCCAGCAAGAGGAGACAAUAAAACUUGAGGAGGAGAAAAGAAAACUGGAUGAAGAAAUCAUGAAUUUUUAUAAAAUGAAGGCUGACUCUGAAAUAUCACAGACUCAGGGUUGCGCCAAUAUAAAAAAGGAGAAAGAUCGUAAGAAAUAG